CGAUUUUGUAGACAUCGGAAAAGGAAAGUUAGCAUCCGAAUUUUGAGUGCUUCAGUCGCAUGAUGAGGAGAUAAAUCUGAACGAUUUUCUUGGCUCCAGAGCUCACACGAAAAGUCAACUAUGGCUUUGGAGAAGGUGUUGAAUCCAUUACGAUUUAGUUCUUUUGCAGUGGACUACUCCUAUAGAUCUUUAUGGUGGACAGCAUUUAUAUUUGCCAUUUUAUUUAUAUUGACACUUUGGUAUUACAUUCACUAUAAAAUUCAAGUCAGUAUUCUCUGGAAAGCUCCUGGGUCCUCAAUUUCUCUGCUAUCUCAAAUUAUUGCCGGAAUGGUAAUCUUAAGCUCUGUCGCUCAAAACAAAGUUGCACAUUUUAAUGUUGUAUCUUUCCAAGCACUAUGCGGCAUAGCCCACAUAUAUGAUAAAGAAAGGCUAUUAAGAUUUUGGUUCGGUCUAAAGCCUGUUGUUUUGUUCUUCAAGCCAGAAACAGUUGAAGUUGUUCUCAGUAGCAAUGCACUACUAGAAAAAACUUUCGUGUAUGAUUUUCUGGCUCCCUGGUUCAAACAAGGCCUCAUAACAAGUUCUGGAAUAAAAUGGAAGAAGAGGAGGAAGCUCCUGACCCCUGCCUUCCAUUUCCGCAUCCUGGACGACUUCUUACCGGUCAUCGACAACCACGCUCGUUUUUUAGCCGAGAAGCUAAAGCAGGAAGUGGGCAGCAAAUCGUUCGAUUUGGUUCCUUAUAUCACCCUUUGCUCUCUAGACAUCCUUUGCGAAACUGCUAUGGGCAAAUAUGUUGGAGCGCAGAAGAAAGAUACUCCUUACGUCAAAGCCCUGAAUGCAGCAUCUCACCUCUUUGGUACGCGAUUUAUGAAACCCUGGCUGUGGCCUGAGUUCAUUUUCAAGAACACGGCAGAGGGAAGGAAAUUUAAGGAGAGCACAGAUAUCAUGGACGAAUUCACAAGGAGUGUCAUAAGAGAAAGGAAAGGUUAUGUCUUGAAAGAAAUAAAAGGCGGCAUGGACAUAGAGGAAGCAUUUAAAAAGGACGACUUUGGAAUGAAACGUCGAAAGGCCUUUUUAGAUCUUUUGCUUCAUGAGCAUCUUACUGAUCCAUGUUUUACAGAAGAAGAUAUAACAGAAGAAGUGAACACAUUCAUGUUUGCGGGUCACGAUACUACCGCUGUUGGAAUGAGCUGGGCUCUAUACUUAAUUGGGCAGGACCCGGAAGUGCAGGAAAAAGUGCAAGAAGAACUAGAAGAAAUAUUUGGUGACGACUGGGACAGGCCGUUCACUGUCGAUGAUGUGAAAAAUCUCAAGUAUUUAGAGUGUGUCCUGAAAGAAAGCCAGCGACUUUACCCAUCACUUCCUUAUAUUGGCCGAGAAUCAAGUUGCGAUGUAGUCGUUAAUGGAUAUACCAUACCAGCUGGCACAAACUGCAUGAUCUUCACUUAUAUGUUACACAGAGAUGCAGAAGUAUAUCCUAACCCAGAAAAAUUUGAUCCUGAUCGCUUUCUGCCAGAAAAUGCUGUGGGACGGCAUCCGUACGCUUAUGUACCAUUUUCAGCUGGUCCAAGAAAUUGUAUAGGCCAAAGAUUCGCCAUGAUGGAACAGAAGGUGGUUCUUGCACAUGUUUUGAUGAAUUAUGAAGUCAAGUCCCUCGUCCCAAGAGACCAGCUUCAUCUAACAGCCGAAAUGGUCCUCAGGUCGCGCAAUGGAAUUAUUAUGCAGAUAACUCCUAGAAAUAGAUGAAUGGAGAAAAAGAAGAGAAUUACACUCAGGAUGUUAUUUAAUUUCCCAAACUAUGGACUACCUCGUGAGGAACACAUUUAGACACUGUAAUUGGUGUACAGUCUCCAUAUAAACUUUUUACCGUCAGUCUUGGUCGUGUGAAUGUUAUACUUUUUUACGCAGUUAAUGUAAUCAGCUUUGUAAAAAUACAAGAUACCACACGAUGAAUAUGGUGAACUGAUAUAAAUUAAUUAGACAAUCAGUGUCCUGAAUAAAAGGCAACUAUUGCUAACGCUGACUUAAUUAUGUGGACGCGUAAUGUAUGUCUUGAAAUUGUGAGCGUGUGUCUUAAUCUUUGUGCCUUAAACUUGUCAGUACAUGUCGAACUCGUUCCUGUGUCUUGAACUUAUCAGCAUGUGUUUGGAAAGUCAUAUUGACAAAUGUUGAAACCUAUGAUAAUAUCUGAAACGUACUGAGAGCUACACAAGAAGAAUCCAGUUAUUAGCACAUUCAACAACUCAAAUUACGAAAGAAAUAAUCCACUCAAAAUAUUACUGUCGCAGAAAACAUAGCAUCCAAAUAUCAGCGCAUUCAAAGCAAUUUUUCCUUAAGGUGUCGAUUUGCAAAGCUCAGAUAAUGCAAACUGGUAACAGUUAUUUGGUGUAUGAAUGUUAAAUGAAUUGGCUCUGAAUAUCACAUGUACAUUAUUAUUCACCUAAAUCUAUGAAUAAUAUGCCAGCAUAACGUUAGCAAGCAAAUGAACUUACUUGUAAUCAUUUCUUUUGUUGACAGGAAUAUUAUUCCCAUAUGCAAGCAAACAAAAUUGAAAAACGUUUUCACUUAUUUUAAAUAAAUUUAUCUGCAUUAUGCCUUGUCCAAACAUAAUAUUAUUUCUGAUUAAAUUAGCUUCAAUACAAUGUUUUCUGUUUAAUAUACUUCAACUAAUUUUAUUUUGUGUAAUUAAUACAAAUUAGCAUAUUUUAUUAUAUAGCUGAGUAUAAAGCUUCUUUCCUUUAUCAUCAAUGAUGUCUACUGAUUUAUAGCAUUUCAUGAUAAGUAUUUACUCCAUAUUUACUCUUCCGCAAUUUACAAUACUCAUUGUAGAAAUAAAUAAGAUAUAUAUACAUAUAUAUAUUAAUAUAAUAAUAAUAGCAAGCUUUUAUUAACCUGCUAUUUACAACAAUCAAUCACAUUAACUGGACUGUUGUAGACAUAAAUUACAUUAAAGUCUCAAUCAAGACUUAUCAGUUGUUAUGUAUGUCUGUAAAGCUUAAAUGUUCUAUUUUCAAGUUUUCUUCCUUUAUAAGUGGUGAUGUAACACGUAUAUUGAAAUAUUAAUUAAAUUCAAUUUAAAUGUAAUAUUUAUAAAAGUUCAAAAGUGCAGUUAAUUAAUAUUAGUGCAAUACUAUUAUGUUACAUUACGCUGCUUUUACCACAGAGCAAAUUUAAUAGUCUUUCUUAAAGCAACUACUCAUUUUAAUAGUGCAUACUUUAUGUAUUUUUACAUACUUUAUGUCUUACAAGCAAAAGGGUUCGAAUCCCGACGAAUAGGCUGGCUGUAUGGGCAUUUCCGUGAUUUUACCCAUGAGUAGCAUGUAUACGAGCCAGUUUCCCUUAGAAAGUCCUUCCAGGAGGCUUACCAUCUUAAUUAAUUUAAGACUUGAUAUUUAAAUUGAAGUUGGAAUCAUUUCAACGUCUCAAGAGGGUAAUACUUUGUCAAAGAAUUUUAUUUCCUUUUUAAUGAGCCCUUAGAAAAUAUCCUGCUAGUCAAUACACAGAUCUUCUUCUGUAUAUUUUAUAGCUUUGGAAGAACAAUAUAAGCAAUAUUUGGUAACAUUACAUAUUUUCAAGUAAAACUACGUGAUAAAUAUGUAAUUAUUCCAUACACUUCAUUUCUGUAUUAGGACCUUUUUAUUUUUUUAUUAAACUAUAUUAACAUAAAUUAUAACACACAGUCACAAAAUGCAAGUAAAUUAUGACAUAAAUUCACAAAAUAUAGAUUUCAAGCCUCUUUUUAGUACCAUAUAAUAAUAAAAUCUAACUAUAUUGUUUGAGAUACAGCUACAGUAUCUCAAAAAUAUAAAUAUUUAAGUUAAUGAUGUCUAAUAUUCCCGGAAUUAAAGUAUUAGGAACUAAGGUGCUUAAUCACCUGAAAAUAUCAUUUACCAAAAAAAUAUUAAUUUACAGAAAUUUCUAAUACACAGAUACUUUGAGCUAGAAAAAAUGUAAUAUUUUCUGACAAAUAUGUAAUUUCAGUAAUAGUUUUAGCUAUGUUAUUAUUGUACUAGUUAUAAUUUGUAUUACUUAAUUUUGUAUCAAUUUUAUAUAUUUAUACAUUAUGGAAACUCCACUUCUUUACAUUAAACUUAAAACUUUAUUUUUAUGGCAUACCUAAGCUUUUUUUUAAUACACAUAACGAGCUCUUUUGGAAUUAUUUUAUCAUAUAUUAAAAAGUAUUAUCAGAGUUCAAAUUCACAAUUUGAAAUUACGUAUUUAAAGAAAUCAAAUACACAGACUUCAUGUACUAACAAGUAACUGAUCCGUUAAUCUAAUAAUUAGCCAUAGAUUUAUGAUUUUGAAAAUCAUUUAAAAAUAAAUAAUAUUUCAAUAUUUUUACAAGCAAACUAAGAAAAAUUUUUUUUUUCAAUAGAACGCACCAGUUAAUUUUUAUGUACCUUUGUUUGAGCAGGCGUGUUAAAAAGCAUAUACAUUUGAUUAAAUUUAGGAAGAGACUUUUAAGGUCUUUCACAUAAAAUCUUCAGUGUCCCUCAUUUACAUAAUACAUUUUCAUAUAUUUUUAUGAAUUAAUGAACAGAAGAUAUUUAUAGUGUAUAAAUUAUUUCUGAUUUGUUUCAUAAUAUUUAUUAUUAGUUUUCAAUCCUAAGAUAUAUUUAAAGAUGUUAUUUCAGGAAAGAAGAGCUCAAUAAUUUUUAUUUUUAUUUGACAUAAUAUGAAACUGUGAUAAGCUGUAAUUAAAAUAUGCUUUGAAAAAUUUAUCAGAGUGUGAUUUUAAUAUCUUUCGUGUAUAAUUAAUUAUACAUUAUGAAAUUCCACUGUUUAAGUGUACAGACAUUUUACCUACUAUUGCUAAAUAUCAUGUACUCAUUUUUCUGCACUCUGUGCAUUUAUAUUGAAAUAAGCUAUAUAUUAAUAAAAAAUAGGUAUACCGUCAUACUGUAUAGAGUAUAUUAAUCUAUAUAACUGGUAUUUACAUUCAUUCAUACUGACAAUUAUAUGUAUUUCCUUUGAGUUGUACAUGGAGCAUACGUAUUUAACUGCUUAUCUGUAGCACUUGAUGAGAACAUUAAUGAAAGAAAUAUGCAUAACCCCUGAAGGGAUUUAGUUAUGUUGUUGUAAUUUCUCUAAUAAAAUUUUUCAUGAAAUAACA